AUGGAGCCAGGACUAGUUGCGGGGAAAAGUUUUUAUGAUAUUGAAUUCCCGAAAGGUCACAUUGGAGUCAAGAGUUUUGAUGCUGAACUAAUUGAUGAAGAUGGGAACUCUGUACCUUUGUAUGAAACAUACCUUCACCAUUGGUUUGCUAUAAGAUACAUUGAAAAUGUUACUGUUGCUAGCAUGCGCGGCGGCUCUAAGGUUCGUCCCAAGAAUUAUGAUGGUUUCAUUUUCAAGAGGAAUCAAGGCAUGUGCCACGACUUUAUUCUUCCACUUUACUGGGGAUUAGGAGUUGAAUCACGAGGAACAACCUCAAACCUUCCAGACCCUUUUGCAGUAGAACUACAUAACCCUGCAGAAAUUCCAGAUGGGUAUGAAGAGAGGUGGUUAUUAGACAUAUUGGCCAUUGAUACACGUGGUACACAAGAUAGGAAAGGUUGUACUGAUUGCAGAUGUGACCUUAUGAAUCUCCCUAAGGACUUUUAUAAUGUCACAAAAGGCAUUUAUGGUGAGCCACUGACCCCCGAUUAUAAAGGAGGACUCCUAUGUUGCAAAGACAACUUAAAAUGCAAAUUAAGAGAGGGUUUUGAAGGCCCAAAGAGAAAGCUUGCCCUAAGAUACAAAAUAAGGUGGGUUGACUGGGACGAAAAACAAAUUCCUGUUAAUUUUUAUGUACUUGAUUCGACCGAUAAAAUCAAAUCCAAUGGUUCAACUUCAUUCCAUGAGUGUCAGAAAACAAAAAUUCCAAUGCAAAAAGGUGGUUAUCUCAUUUAUGGAACGACUCAUUUGCAUUCAGGUGGUAUUAAUGCAACUCUAUAUGGAGAG